AUGGCAGACUGUUUCACACAGAAGGAGGGGGUUAGCAGAGGUAGUCAGUAUUUUAAGCUAGAGAAGAUAGCCAUUAAAAUCCGUCUCCAUCCUCUCCACCGUUAAGAGGGAUGCCAUCCGAAACAACAAGAACAUAAUCUACACAUUUCAAGCUUUCAGAUAAGCCCCAUAUUGGUGUAUUUGGAAAAUCGGGGAGGUAGAAAAGGAAUGGUGAAAAUUGGAUUGUGACAGAAGGAACAAUAUUAUUAAAAAUUGGAAGGAAGGGGGAGAGUGGUGAAAAGGGCAGAUAUAGAGGAAAUAUUGAAGGUUUCGGAUAUUAUUAGGGGCUUAAAUCGAACCUUCCGGGGGUUUGAUUAAGAAAAUUACUCCUGUUUACAUUUUUAUAUAAGAAUUAAAGCCAUGGAACUGAGAGUUGGAAACAGAUACAGACUGGGUAGGAAAAUUGGAAGUGGAUCUUUUGGAGACAUUUAUCUGGGUACAGACAUUUCGGUCGGAGAAGAAGUGGCCAUAAAACUAGAAUGUGUGAAAACAAAACACCCUCAGCUUCACAUCGAGAGCAAAAUAUACAAAAUGAUGCAGGGAGGAGUGGGAAUUCCGACAAUCAAGUGGUGUGGUGCUGAGGGGGAUUAUAAUGUGAUGGUCAUGGAGUUACUUGGGCCCAGUCUUGAAGAUCUCUUCAAUUUCUGCUCACGAAAAUUCAGCUUAAAGACUGUCUUGCUUCUUGCAGACCAGAUGAUCAGCCGUAUUGAGUAUAUCCAUUCAAAGAACUUCAUCCACAGAGAUGUGAAGCCAGACAACUUCCUAAUGGGGCUGGGAAAGAAAGGCAACCUUGUUUACAUCAUUGACUUUGGCUUGGCCAAGAAAUACCGGGAUGCCCGCACACACCAGCACAUUCCCUACCGCGAGAACAAGAAUCUUACUGGCACAGCUCGCUAUGCCUCUAUCAACACACACCUGGGAAUAGAGCAAUCCCGUCGUGAUGACCUGGAGUCCCUUGGUUAUGUACUGAUGUACUUCAACUUAGGGUCUCUGCCCUGGCAGGGCCUGAAAGCAGCUACUAAGAGACAAAAAUAUGAGCGGAUCAGUGAGAAGAAAAUGUCUACCCCCAUUGAGGUCCUCUGCAAGGGCUACCCCUCUGAGUUUGCCACAUACCUCAACUUCUGUCGCUCCCUGCGCUUUGAUGACAAGCCAGACUACUCCUACCUGAGACAGCUGUUCAGAAAUCUGUUUCACAGACAGGGCUUUUCAUACGAUUACGUUUUUGACUGGAACAUGCUGAAGUUUGGUGCCAACAGAGCAGCAGAGGAUGCAGAGCGUGAGAGGAGAGACCGAGAGGAGCGACUGAGACACUCCAGAAACCCUGCAACCAGGGGCAUCCCCUCUGCCUCGGGAAGACCUAGGGGAACACAGGAUGUUGCCCCACCUACACCCCUAACCCCAACAUCUCACACUGCAAACACAUCCCCUCGCCCAGUAUCUGGAAUGGAGAGAGAGCGCAAAGUCAGUAUGAGAUUACACCGCGGCGCUCCUGUCAAUAUCUCAUCCUCUGACCUCACUGGACGGCAAGACACUUCGCGCAUGUCCACAUCACAGAAUAGCAUUCCCUUCGAUCACCACGGCAAGUAGCUGCUCGCCACGUUCUUGUUUGAAGGCAGCACCGGAUCCUGUCUCGUGUGACCCCCAGUGGUCUCCAGUCUGCUGUACCUCGAUGAAAGAAAACACCGCGCCAUGGAGGGCUGAUAAUGCAUGGCUGAUCUGUAACUAAUACUAUUCCAACAACUUCACUUCCGCAACUACCGAAAACUCAGUCCCAAACAGCAGAUUCUUUUUCAAUUUUAAAAGGAAAAAAAAAACAUUUAAAUGCCUUUCAGAAAGUAACAUACUCUCUCGGAAGAUCACCAACAGGAGACGGACCUUUCUGCGCCGUCGUUGCCUUUGCCACUCUGGCAUACCAAGAAGAGCUGCCCGCAGCCUGCAGCUGACCGCUGCCAUGGCCUUCGAGAGACGCUUCACUGAGCAGACCGACCACACGGAAUAAAGUAUAAUCGCCAUUUCUCUUCUCCCUCCACUGUUGGCCGAAUAAUUUUACUAUCCUACUGUAUGAUGAUAGACAUUAAUUCACUUUUUUUAUAUUAAAGCUAAAGUCAACAGGCUCCGGUCUGUUUAGAUGCGUAGUGUCGGUGUACUGCUUUUGUCUGUGAUUUACACGAGGAAAAAAAAAAGGAAUUAGAAAAAGCAUUCAUACUUCAAGAAAAGACUUGAAAUUCCUUCUAAGAUCCGUAAAGGUUUCAUGUGAAUUUCUAACUGAUUUUAUUUUGUCAUUUUUAUUUUUUAGUUUUUAUGAAGGCCCCUUUCUGUUUCUUCAAAGUUGAUUGUAAGUAACUUCCCAAGUUUUAGCACUGGUGACCACUACUGUGCAGUCGUCUAGGUUGUCUGGGAGGACUGUUUGUCAGAUUGUACGCAUUAACAAGUGAAAGAUCUGUAUGAAAAUGCAGAAGAAAUCAAAAUCUAAAGGGGUUUUUGGUGUUUUUUCUUACAUAUUUUAAUAUUAGAAAUCUUCGAGGGUUAUUUUUGUUUAUCUGAGAGACUUCCACAUCAACACCAUCUUGGUCAAUUGACUGUUGCUGUAUAAUAUAUUGCAUUCCCUUAUUUUUUAUUUCAAAGCUGUGAAAUACCUGUACAAUAGAAAUGUAAAUGUUUUCCAUUGGUUGUCUGGUGAUUCUUACUCAGUUAUUCAGUCCUACUGUUUAUCAGGCCUCACUUAGAAAUGUACGGCUAGGUGGCACCUGAUAUUGCUUGAAUGGCUUUAGUGCUUGUGCCUCCACAACCAGCAGUCCUGAUGUACUUAUUUUGCCAAGUCACUUCAAAGAAAGUCUUUCUUUGUGUUUAUUUAGAUCUCUUUUUGUUGUUCAUUUAAUAAAGGACCCUUGCUUUUCAAAUCCAUCUUUUCAGUGGAAUGAAGGCCACUAAAAACUGUUCCUGCAAUCCCAGUUAACACCUGUUUUAUGAAAUUAGACUAACUUGUAC